AUGUGUAAGAACCACGGAAGGCUAGCUCCCGAGUUGAGUUGUGACCCACCGUAUCGUCUGGUGGACGACCGUUGUGAGAAGCGCCAAAUAGGUCCGGCGGAAAUCGGGUGUUUGCCUGGUGAGAAGAAGGAGGGUUAUGCUUGCAUAGGCGCAGAACAUGUUGCUAUGGUCUUAAAGUGUCCGAAAGACUAUACUGCGCAUGAUACCCCUGAGAAGGAAGGAACUUGCGAGCGAAAAUUCGAGUAUAAAGGGGAAUGGAUCAAUGACACGCCGCAUUGUCCAAAUGCCCCGAACCAUUUCCCCACCACCGCCCCCAUAGACCACAACGGUAGCAAGCAGCGAUUCGCGGGUCCCUGGAUGGAAGUCUUCUACGAAAGGAACCGAACCCGGUUGGCGAUUCCCGAGGUGGUUUGCAGUGUGUAUGAUUUCCGAAUUGGUCACUACGAAUGUCCUAAGGAUUCUGUGCCUUUUGAAGAGUGGGUUGCUCGAGGCAACUGGCCAAUAGUGACUUUUCAAACAGGACUUGGCGACCCGAAGUACACGUGUGUGCACCCGCAAAAGUACCCCUGGAGACCCGUGUGCUCCACCUUUAGGGGACGUGCGUUUGUCCGCCCUCUCGUGCCGAUCCGCGACUACUAUUGGAUGGAGCGACCGCCAGGUAUUAUUUGGGCAGGGGGCUCCAAGUUCGUCGAGCUCUACCAGCAAACCGUCCAAGCUCUGCGCCAAAGCCGGGACCGACCAACGACUGAGAUGGAUGAGGCGCGAUGGCGACCUACCCGGAACUCCACGGUUUCCAAACGGCCAACCGAAGAGAAAGACGCACCCCACUCCCUCGGCCAAAUGGCCAAAGGCUACCUCGACGAAGAUGAUGAAUCCGCCAACGGACCCCUAGGCUCCAUGUCUCCGCUCCUUAACCCCUCCAUCGGAGAACGACCAGGGUCCACUCGCCGCCUGUUUGACAACUGGGACCAUGACGACGAGGACGACCACUGGGAUAGGUCUUCUGCCCGCCGGAGACGCCUUGCUUCUGGCGAACUCCGGCGCCCGGGGUCGUCUUUGCCCAACUCCGUUUUGAAGCAGACCCAGGCGAGACUCUAUGGCGACGGGCUGCCGGAGGUGCAGUACGAAGGCGAGAGCGUCGGGCUGUGGUCUAUUGACGACGAGGUCGACCGCGACAUCAUUGAGGACGUGGCCAAGCGGGAGCUGGAUGCGAAGUUGUCUAAGUUCAACCACACAGUUGCCCAGAGCAUGAUUCGGUCCCUCAAGGCCGUGUACCGCAACCUCAUUGAUGGAGAUCUCGACACCGGAAUUGGCGGCGAAGAUUGGGGGACCACAGUGAACGUUGACGUCCGUGAGGGUGGCUCCCGGGAGGGGGACGGAGCGGACACUAUAGAUGUCGAGACUCAGAUCAUGUACGUGGACCCCGACACACAGCAGAAGUUACGUACCGAGUUGACUAUCGCCCUGAGCCUAGCAAAGGAGAACGGGCCGGAAGUUUUGCGAGUAAACCUAACAAACAGUCUGGUCGGCGGUUACGAGGCGUUCAACGGCCCAGGUGGGCGAGGUGACCGGGUUUACUUCCGGCCUCGGCCGAGAGAGCAGGCGGGACAAGCGAAGCCCCCGUCUGCGCGAGUCCGGCUUGACAACUACACUAUGGAGCGACCCGGCCCGGUAGACGAAUUGCCUGACCCUAGUGACUAUGUGGCGGCGGCUAGGUAUACGAACCGGUUGAUCGUGGACAUGUGGAAGGAGUUGCACUGGACGCAUUUAGACAUGGACGACCUAGGGAUAGAUACGUGGAUCCGGUUAAUGAGUCCGAAGCCGCGCGAGGUGGAUGUGGCAUCCCGUUUGUGGUUGUCGUGGGUGCAUGAGGGUUUGAUGAUGCCGAUCUGCACAGAGUACGAGAUGCGGCUGCCGAGACAAAGGUGUCCGGAGAGUUUCCGCAUGGGCACGGACCAGUCGUGUAAGCCGAAGGACUACGGCAGUCCGAUCAUCGAGUGUCCUCCGGAGUUUGUCUUCGAUCCAAUGUCGGUCAUCAAGUUACCGGGAGAACGGUUUCCCGGCCAGGAUGAAGCUUGGGACGCGGGUUUUCGGGGUCUUCCGAGAAAUAGAGGUCUGGUGGGACCGGGGGGACCGCGGCAAGGACUCGGUCCAGAUGGCAAAGAGCGGUCCAGCGGCGCCGACGACCUCGUGAUUCGGAAGCACAACCUUCCCAAGUGCGUAGGGUUCCUUGAUGCGUACACCGAAAACUUUUGUGAGGACCCCGCUUGCUACCCAGACCUCGAGAAUCGUUUGUGUGUGUGCGACAUGAAGAUCGCCAAGGCCGAGCAAUCCCCCUCGAGCUUUGAUUUGAAGAAGGCUUGGGGAAACACGGGAGAGGAACUAUACGACUCUCUCCAGGCUUACAUUAACAAAAGCCCGGACACAUGGUACCCGCUCAUCUCGACCAUGUAUCCCAUGAUGAUAUUCCGAGCGACGUUCCACGAAUUUUAUGACAAUUCCACUCGCGACGCUCGCUUCAAACUUCAACUAUAUAAAGAGAGCCCCGAGUACGGCAUCUUUAGAGCACUCUUCAACCCCAAGGACUACAUUCACUGGGUCAGAACAAAAAGAGACUUCCAAUCGGAAUUCCUGGUGAAUACCGUCGCCGACAGACUCCUUAUAACCAUAAACAGGGCUGCCGUGCCCGCUCAACUACUCGCCAAUCAGGGAGAGGCAUUCGAGUACAAUUACGGCAAUGCAGCCUAUGACCGCAUUUCCGAACGCCGUCGAGAUCUCGACCCUCUCCAGGACGGUAAUCCUCUUGGAAAUAUUCCUGGGCUACAAGCAUCACAAUUGAGAACACUUUCGAGCAGUCGGCGCUCUGAUAGUCAGCUCUCUGAUAGUCAGCGCUCUGAUGGUCAGCGCUCUGAUAGUCAGCUCUCUGAUAGUCAGCUCUCUGAUAGUCAGCUCUCUGAUAGUCAGCUCUCUGAUAGUCAGCUCUCUGAUAGUCAGCUCUCUGAUACUGAUACUAAACGACAAUCUCCAGGUAUUCAUCUGGGCAAGACGUAUUUAAGUACAGAGGACUUUGUCAUCUUAAGAGCAGCGGCUCAGCGGCAGGUAGAGAAGCUGGGACCUGACCAUGAUGUGUCUCACACAGGGGUCCGCGGAGAUGGAGAGAUUGCUGCCUUGAUACGUCACUUAGCAAAUAGAGUUCCGGAAGACGAGUUGCUAGCAGCGUACAACUUAAUUCGUCAGACUGCCAGGCAUGGUUCGAUACCCGAGCAUGCUGACGUAGCCGAGGCUCAGAAGGUGGCACAGCAAAAGAACAUUCUUUCAUACUCCAAGGAAAAGAAAGAUAGAGAUCCACAUGGCGGAGAGUCCUGGAAAGAGACAACAGGCGGCAAACAAAAAAGUCUUGAGACUCAUAUUUUGACACUGAUGGGUCAAAUGGACGGUCCAGAAAUUGGGAAAAGGGAACGCCGAAACCGGGAGCGUCAUCAUAGCGAUACUAAGCAUACUGACACUGACCAUACUGAUACUCACCAUACUGAUACUCACCGUACUGAUACUGACCAUACUGAUACUCACCAUAGUGGUACUCAUGUUCGUGGCGAGGUCGUCAGCAUUUCUGAGGCAGAAGCUAAAACGAGGAAAGCCACACCGAUAGACAUGUUCUGGAGACCCAAUUUGCACCGGUGGAGAACUUCUAUACAGGCUGCCCGCGUCAUCGACACCGAAGGGGGCACUCAUCUCGCGGGCAUUGUGGAGGAUUACUGGCGAUGA